AUCUACCUGGCUCAUACUCUAAGUGGUCGCUAGCCAUCUUGUCCUGUCUUUACAACCUCACACUACUCAAACAAACCAACAGUCCCGCUAUCGCACAUCCAAGAUGCCCACCACACGCCGCCGUGGAGGCAAUACCCAGGCGAGACUCUCCUUUGGCUCCCAGUCCAGGGUCAGCAAACCAUCUACAGCCCCGCCGACAACAUCGCAGAAAGCCAAAAACCUCGAACCCAUUGGCUCUACGAUCUCCCGCACCCCGUCGCUCGAAAAUGUGUCCGGAUCGGAGCCUGCGCCGGACACCCCCAUCGAGCCCUCCCGGCCACCGGUCGCGGAGUUGGCCCUGAGGCAACAAGCCCAGGCGGAGCUGCAGCAACCUCUGUCGGAGAAGGAUCAAUUGGCGUUGAAGAUCACGCCGAAGCAGAUUGAACAAUACUGGAAGGCAGAGGAAAAGAAGCGACGGGGACCCCGAGUUCACCACGAGGACCUUUCCCUGCAGGAACACAUUCUACGUCACUUCGACCUCUCCAGUCAAUUCGGGCCGUGUAUCGGUAUUACACGAUUAAAACGAUGGAGGCGGGCGGAUUCUUUGAACCUCAACCCGCCGAUCGAGGUUCUCGCGGUGUUACUUGACGAGGAGAAAGGUGUUAGCCAGAGGGCAUAUGUGGACGAACUCAUGUCCUGAGGGUUUUAUUGAUAUGGUGGCCUUGUUUCUUCAGUGGUUUGCAACGGUUUAUUUUGGAUUAGCAGGGCGUUAUUGUUUGUGACGAUUCUAGACUCGACUAUGUUGAGUAUAAUUACACCCAGACAGGAAUGUAUUCCUCACCCAUGGUCAACCUGAAACCUUGGCUCUCUUCCAAAUUAAUUCUACGCACCACAGUGUACGGUGUGCAGAAAUGGCGGGGGCUAUUUUCUUUGGUUCCCCCGAACCUAGUUCGUCAGUAUCCAUCUGAGUUGGCCAUGGAAUGCCCCGGUGGUGCAGGAGCCACAACGCAGGGGGUCACAUUGGGUGAUCGAUUGGAUGUGAUUACCACCGAGGACGAUUUGCCUUGGAUCGCCUGAUCCCUCUGUAAGACCUGUACAACUUCAUUGCUGCCUCGACAAUCUAUCAGCAAUGCUC